CCUCUGUAUCUUUUAGUUUUCAAUUCAUCUUUUACUUCUUCUUUUUUUUUGAAGAUGAUUAUCCCUCUCGAAAACCCUGUUUUGGUGCAUGAAGAUUUUAGGAAACAAAAGAAGACCGAAGAGUUACAACUGGACAACAUAAUCCCAAUGUCGAAGACAUCAUCGGACGAUGAUGUGUUUUUGGCCCCUGAGGUGAACGCAUUUGGUCGUCAGUUCAGAGACUACGCGGAUGCGAACAACGAGAGGCAGAAGAGCGUCGAGGAGUUCUACAAAACACAACACACUAACCAAACUUUAGACUUUGUAAAGAAAAUGAGGCACGAGUAUGGAAAACUGGACAAGAUGGUGAUGAACAUUUGGGAAUGUUGUGAACUUCUUAACGAAGUGGUGGACGAGAGUGAUCCUGAUCUUGAUGAACCACAAAUUCAGCAUUUGCUUCAAUCCGCUGAAGCAAUCCGUAAAGACUAUCCUGACGAAGAUUGGCUUCAUCUCACUGCCCUUAUCCAUGAUCUUGGGAAGGUUCUUACUCUUCCACAAUUCGGAGGGCUUCCUCAGUGGGCUGUUGUUGGUGACACAUUUCCUGUUGGGUGUGCGUUUGAUGAAUCUAACAUACACCACAAGUAUUUUAUGGAAAACCCUGAUUUUAACAACCCAAAUUAUAAUACCAAAACUGGGAUUUAUUCUGAAGGAUGUGGACUAGAAAAUGUUUUCAUGUCAUGGGGGCAUGAUGAUUACAUGUAUCUGGUGGCCAAGGAGAACGGAAGCACUUUGCCAUCCGCGGGAUUGUUUAUCAUCCGAUACCAUUCCUUUUACCCAUUGCACAAGGCUGGAGGUUACACUCACCUUAUGAACGAGGGAGACAAGGAUAAUCUCAAAUGGCUCCAUGUUUUCAACAAGUACGACUUAUACAGCAAGAGCAAAGUACAGGUAGAUGUUGAGAAGGCUAAGCCAUACUACAUGUCUUUAAUCAAGAAGUAUUUCCCGGACGAUUUGAGGUGGUGAAGCUGCAACUGCAACAAGGCGUCCAAGAAAUUUACAUAGAAGAUAAAAUUGGUGUCUGA